GAAGGCGUCCGCCCUUGGCGGCUUCCUGCCACCUGUAUAAGUGGAGCGUGCUGGGGUGUGUAAAGUAGUAUGGAGGCAGCGGUGGCCCAGUGUCUGAGUGGUUGCCGGGUCUCCAUGGAGAAGCGGCUCGCCAGUGUCCCAGGCUGCUGAGCUCUCGCCGCCCGAGUCCCCGCGGCGCGGCCGCAGGGCCAUGCUAGCCUUGCGCGUGGCGCGCGGCUCGUGGGGGGCCCUGCGCGGCGCCGCUUGGGCUCCGGGAACGCGGCCGAGUAAGCGGCGCGCCUGCUGGGCCCUGCUGCCACCCGUGCCCUGCUGCUUGGGCUGCCUGGCCGAACGCUGGAGGCUGCGUCCGGCCGCUCUUGGCUUGCGGCUGCCCGGGAUCGGCCAGCGGAACCACUGCUCGGGCGCGGGGAAGGCGGCCCCCAGGCCAGCGGCCGGAGCGGGCGCCGCUGCCGAAGCCCCGGGCGGCCAGUGGGGCCCGGCGAGCACCCCCAGCCUGUAUGAAAACCCAUGGACAAUCCCGAAUAUGUUGUCAAUGACGAGAAUUGGCUUGGCCCCAGUUCUGGGCUAUUUGAUUAUUGAAGAAGAUUUUAAUAUUGCACUAGGAGUUUUUGCUUUAGCUGGACUAACAGAUUUGUUGGAUGGAUUUAUUGCUCGAAACUGGGCCAAUCAAAGAUCAGCUUUGGGAAGUGCUCUUGAUCCACUUGCUGAUAAAAUACUUAUCAGUAUCUUAUAUGUUAGCUUGACCUAUGCAGAUCUUAUUCCAGUUCCACUUACUUACAUGAUCAUUUCGAGAGAUGUAAUGUUGAUUGCUGCUGUUUUUUAUGUCAGAUACCGAACUCUUCCAACACCACGAACACUUGCCAAGUAUUUCAAUCCUUGCUAUGCCACUGCUAGGUUAAAACCAACAUUCAUCAGCAAGGUGAAUACAGCAGUCCAGUUAAUCUUGGUGGCAGCUUCUUUGGCAGCUCCAGUUUUCAACUAUGCUGACAGCAUUUAUCUUCAGAUACUAUGGUGUUUUACAGCUUUCACCACAGCUGCAUCAGCUUAUAGUUACUAUCAUUAUGGCCGGAAGACUGUUCAGGUGAUAAAAGACUGAUGAAAGUCAUCCCUCACUGUUAGUAAGGAAGCAGUAUACAUCAAUGGGAACAGGGCCCAUGGAAAUGUACAGGAGUUUCCCUAUUUUGGUGUUCAUCUUGAAAAAGGACUUGUCAGAAUCAACUGUGUCAUCAAAAUUUAAGUAAUGUGCAUUGAAAAUAAGGUUGAUCAUGGGAAUAUGCAGAAUUUCCAAUGUAUUUUUAAAUACAAAUAAAAUUGUAAUUUAGAAUUUUUAA